AUGGAGGACAUCCAUGAUUUUGAUACAAUACAUGUGGAGCUGGAUGCGUACUUCAAAAAGAAACAAGUUUUCCGAUGCAAAGACGAAUUACUCAAUAUUCUAUGUGAAGAAGAUGAUGACGAGGCAGUAGAUGAUGCUCUAACUGAAAAUGAUGUUCAUGUUGGAAACGAUGCUCAAAUUGGAAUCAAUAAAGAAGAAUCAGACGAAGAUUAUCUAGAAGGUAGUAACGAGGAAGAUAAUGAUGAGGAAUUUGAGUAUUCCACCCACAAUCCAAAGGUGAAAUGGAACAAAAUGAUAACAACACAUGGUGAAAGAGGUUGGUAUGUAUGUCCAAGUGGAGUGAAUGAAUAUGAAGUAAGGAAUGAGUUUCAAAACUAUGGAGUUGACUUGAAGGAAAAAUGUUAUGCUUGUAGAUUAUGGGAGUUUUCAGGGUUACGUUGUGUGUAUGCACAAGUGGCAAUUUUGUACACCAAUCAAGAUCCAAUUAACUUCAUAAGUAGUUGGUUCAGCAAGAAUCUUUACAAGGCAACUUAUGAUUAG